AUGCCGUCGGCUUCAUCCUCAAAAGCUUCGGUUGAGUCAGACACUGUCGACACCUUCGAGAUCGUAGAACACCUCGAUACACUAAAACUAAGCCCAGAAAAGAUUUUCAUGGCAAAAGUUGCCAAAUAUGAAGAAAGAGCAUGCAGAUACUACGAUAGAGGUUUGGAACGCGUUGGUGAACACAAACUACAAAUCCAAGGGUAUUUUGAAGAGUACAAGAGGGUAAGCUAUAAUUUAGUGCAAUAUGGUACAAAGUUUCCGUUUAAUUUGUUUACUGAUGGUUUACUAAUCGUUUUGGCCAGAAAUAUGUAUAUCACAGAGUAAAUUUUAGGACAAGUAUUAGAUUGUUCACAUAACUCUGUGCCUCCCAUCGUCAAAAAAUCGCUGUGAAAAAGGACACAGAAUUAUUUGAACAAUCUUAUAUCAAAAAUUCCAAUGCAAUAUAAUACAAAACUUAAAAAAAAUUUUCAAGAAUCUUAACUACAACAACCUUUUAGACCGUAGAAAAGUUUGUGACAGAACUAAGCUGGCGCAUGGAAAACGACUGGUUGAUUGAGCCAGAAUACAGUGAACACAUUGAACCUCAAUACUACAAACAACAUCGCCUAUUAGCUGAACUGUACGAAAUUUUGAAAGAUGUUGGAGUUGGUGAAGAUGCCAAACAAUUGCAAAAGAUAAUGUACCACAAAGCUCUUAACCUAAGCAUGAACACCUCACACCUUUCGUCCAAUACGAUCAAAGAACGAAAAGUUAGACCUGCCAUUUUUGAUAAAGAAGAACGUGAAAGUGAUGAUAGUGCUGUAUGUAGCGAGGACGAAGAUGCUAAGCGAGAGAGGGAUAAACAAGUGAUCAACACGGUAAAUUGUAAACGAACUUUUUUGUAUUGUAAUGACAUAGCAACGUAGAUAGCCUCAUAGGCAAAGUAAUAUAACAAUAUAUUCUAUAAAACCAAGGUUGAUUAAAAAAGACAGUCUUCCUAUACAAUGUAAGACAAUAUAAGGUAAAGACGCUAAAUAUGAUGCUACCAAUACAACAUAUAAACCUCAAAUCAUUCGAAUACCCAUUUACAGGGCCUUGACAUCAUCAAAAACUUGUUCGCAACAACGACAGAUCGUCUGUUCUUUGAGCUACAACAGAUUCCAAAUUUCGAUGGCUCUGAUGUGUGUUACCGUGAACAUAAUCGAACGUUCGUAUCGUUCUUCGAUCACAUAAAACGGUGGGAACGAUUCUUGAGGGUGCGAUACCACUGGUGGGUGUCUAUGCACAGAAUCAUGAGGUAAGUCAAAGUGAUAAGUGUAGAAUGGUAUUAAGGGUAGAGUAAUUUGUAAUCGCUAUAUAUAUAAGGGUUUCUUUGAUCCCAAUUAGGUUUAAAUCGACCGGGUUUUGAUCGAUUUAAACCUAAUUUUAAAGAACCAAGCCUAAUUUAUGAACCUAACUUCCCUACUUUUCAGCGACGGCUCCAUUGACGACCGCUUCACUCAAUACUUUGAUUCAUUCCGCAGAUUCAACAAAGAUGCAUCUGAAAUUUGUCUUGCCAAAGGCUAUGUCCAAACUUUGUGUGCGCAUUUGGACGAGUGUUCAGUCGACAAUCUCAAAUCGACCGUUUUUGACGAGCUUUUCAAACACAAUGAUCAUCAUAUUCACAGUACCAAUUUGGAGGUGAUUGGAGCUAGCAUCUUUGAUUUGGGUCUCAUAUUCAACAAAUUGAGGAAUCUGACUGAUAUUGAUGAGGUUGCUGAUGAUCGGCUCAAGGUUUACAUCAAUGAAGGCUUGAAGAUUGCUAUUAAGGAGGUGUACAUGAGGUUUUUGAAGGUAAGUAAUGAAGAUGUUAAGGUAGUAUUUAGGUUAUUUACCUAAAAACAUGACAGUAGUAUUCAAAGCUCUUACUUAUUAACGUUUCCUUUGACAUUCUCGUCUAGUAGCAUCUUCUUUAGGUCGUCCUUUAUAUAAAAAUUAUUAUAGUAGUACUAAAAAAAGCAGAAAUUUUAAAAAAACUUACUUCAAAAAAUUCCAGUUAAAACUCCUGUACCGCCGUACACUUUUGAUCCUGGACGCUCGUCUUCACGAUAUAAACGAAGACAUUAACGUGUACAGUAAAUGGCUAAAGUGGGCUCAGUCUGACGAAUUGGAGCUGUCCAAGAUGCCAGCAAUUGAGACUUUGGAAGUGGAGGAGAAGUUUUAUCGUAAAAUCGAUGAUAAACUUAAAACAUUGCGCACGGUGACUCAGAAACUAUGGAAGGCUGAUCGUGCAGUCAAAAAGUGUAUUGACAUGUUGAAGGAUUCUUGA